AUGCAGAACCCCGGGAAGGAACACCUGUACAAGGUGUUGGUGAUCGGGGACUUGGGUGUAGGGAAGACCUCCAUCAUUAAGCGGUAUGUCCAUCAGACGUACUCCACCAACUACCGCGCCACCAUUGGCGUGGAUUUCGCCCUGAAGGUCCUGAACUGGGACUCUGAGACCGUACGGCUACAACUUUGGGACAUCGCCGGUCAAGAGCGGUUUGGGAACAUGACCCGUGUGUACUACCGAGAGGCCAUGGGGGCGUUCAUCGUGUUUGACGUGACACGGCCGACUACCUUCGAAGCCAUCUCCAAGUGGAAGGAGGACCUGGACUCUAAACUCAUGCUGACCAACAGAGAGAGCAUCGCCACGGUCCUAUUGGCUAAUAAAUGUGACCAUGGGCGGGAGGUUCUGACCAAUAACGGCGUGAAGAUGGACCAGUUCUGUAAAGACAACGGCUUUGUGGGCUGGUUCGAGACCUCAGCCAAGGAGAAUACCAACAUCAGCGAGGCCGCGAACUUCCUGGUGAAACACAUCAUGGCUACAGAGAAUGAUUUCCUAAAGUCAGUGGUCCCAGACACCAUCUCUCCAAAACUAAAUGACUCACAACCUGGGAACUGCUCUGCCUGCUACAAACCAUAG